GUUCCGCCUUCGCCUCAUUAUCCCUCCACUUUCUCAUCAACCAAACGGACGAUUUCCUCACUGAAAAUGGCAUCAACACCUUCGAAAUCUCAAAUCCUCUCUUUGUUCCGCUCUCUCCUCCGCACAGCACGCGAUUUCUCGGACUACAAUAUUAGAGAAUACACCAAGAGGCGUACCAUCGACGGGUUCCGCCAUAAUCGCCACGUCUCCGACCCUUCCUCAAUCGCCGCCGCCUACUCCGAUGCCGAGUCUCAGCUCCAGAUUGCCAGAAGGCAGGUCAUAGUCUAUUCGCUUUACGUUCCCAAGCUCAAGAGCGUCAUGGAAAUUAAGCACGCUUGAACCCUAAUUUUCAUGUUGGAAUAAAUGAUCAAAGAAGUGUGCACUGUCUUAAUCAAGCAGCAACAGAGCAGGAGGGAAAAUGGCUGCGUUUAAAAUAUCCUAGGGUCCAAAUGGAUUGCCUGUAUAUUUAUAUGUGCUAGUAUUUUUUUAUCUAUGUUGCAUUCAAAUGUGCUGCUGCUACUACAAAUCUUUAUGGGUUUAAAUGAUUUUGUUUUGAUAUAGACAGAGUUGUAGCCUUAUCUCGACUUCAUGUGAACUCCUAUCCCCCAUA